AUGCUGUUCAUUCGGCAAUAUGCAGCAUUCAGUACUUCGACCUCUCGCUGGUUUCGACGUUUUUUAAGUCCCUCUGAAGAAAAAGAGUUAUAUCUUGGCAUUACUUCCGCAUUUCGUGAGAAAUUGGCGGAAAAGACAACCAAGAACGAGACAUCGUACAGUAGUAUUAUCGAACAAGUCAUAUUUUCUGGAGACGCUUCCAACAAACACCUAGCGACCUCUUUAUCUCUCGAGCGAAUCGACCAAAUGAAGCAAGAGUUAGACGCUGCCGCCAAACUCCGUGAUACCCACACACUGGAUCACUUAUGGCAAGAAAUGGAUCGUAAUCAUCUCCGAUUGGUGACAAUGUACAAUCGUCUUAUUCGUUCUUACAUUGCAAGCGAUGCGUUACCCACGGCGGAGAAAGUUUUACAAGGAUUGGAAAAGCGGCGCUUGUUACCGACCACACGAACUCUCACGUAUUUGAUACAAGCACACAUCAAAAGCAAUCAGCUGGACCGUGCUGGAUUCUAUGUGGAAAAAAUGAAACAUUUAUCUCUUUUGAAGUUGAGAACCGCGUUUGAUGCAUCUGUCAUUCUCCAAUAUUACAUGGCAGCUCAAGAACCUCAUGCCAUUGAAAUUUUGUGGCGUGAUAUUCUACAACAUGUGGACCAAGUCAAGCCGGAUUUAACGCUUUACAUGCUUCAUAUGAACUGGCUUUUACCCCGACUUCGCGAUCACUCCAAUGCAUACAGCACAUCUGUCAACAUUCAUUUGGAAUCCAUCACUCACACCAUGACUCAUUUCGUAGCCUAUCUUCGUGACCACCACCCCACUCUGAAAUCACAGCAUAUUCAGACACUCAUGGAAACAGCCAAUGUGCUAGCGACGUCCGCAAACAAUCCCACCAUGGCAGAACAACUCAUGCUUUUGCUGAGUCAACCAUCCUAUGUGGAGCAAUGGCAAUCCUUGUCGUUGCCGCGUGACAUUGUUAGCCACAUCAUUACGCAAUAUGUUGAAAAGGAUCAAGAUCUGAAAGCAUUGGCUUUCUACUAUCGGUUGCGAAAAAACAAUGUAUCGGAUGACGUAUUCACUGCGGAGACGACAUCGACGGUGAAAAAGGUACUCGAUCGGGUGGAGCUGCGACGGGAAUUGGAUGAAGCUGAAGAGAGCAAAGCAAUACUUGCUGAAUUUAGUAGCUUGAUCCCCCAUUUGGUCAAGUAG